UGCGCACUGCGUUUUAUCAAAUCCAUAAGAGGAAAGUUAAAUGAGACAGUCAUCUUUUCGAACCAUUCAAGUUAUGUCAAUGAAAAUAAUAUUCAUCUCUUAAAAUUAUUGCGAGGUGAUUUUUAAUAAACAAGAAAGUUUAAACGAUCACAAAAUUAAUGAAACGCGAAAUACAUAUUAUUAGUAAUAUAAUACGUUAAUGAAAGUCCAAACUAACCUCUCUUACUGUAGUCAGUGAUCUGUCAAAAUAAUUAACUUCCAUUAAUAAAUAAUUCCAAUUUCAUAUGGCCGCCGAAGCACAAUGCAUAUUCUGUAAGAUAAUAAAAAAUGAAAGUCCGAGUGAAAAAAUUUAUGAGGAUGAAUACGUUACGUGUAUCAAAGAUAUCAAUCCAGCAUCAGAUCAUCAUUACUUAAUAUUGCCAAAUAAGCAUAUAAAUACUGCUAAAGAUUUACAACCUGCUGACAUCAAGCUUUAUGAUAAAAUUAUUGGUUGUGUUCAAUUAGUAAUGCAAAAACAAGGAUUUGACAUUAAUUCUACAAGGACUGGUUUUCAUUGGCCCCCAUUUAACACAGUAAAUCACCUUCAUUUACAUCUUAUUUCUCCUGUAGAAAAUAUGUCCAUUGUCAAACGAAUGGUGUUUAAACUCAACACUCCGUGGUUUGUGAGCACGGACUAUGUGAGAUCACGUUUACAAAAGAAAGAUACAUGAGAUAUAUAGUUCAAUUAUUAUUAAAAUUUUAUAAGAAUUUAUACCUGUUAUAUAUACUUUAUAGCUAUAUUAUUUUAAUUUGAUUGUAUAAUGUUGUAAGUAAACAAAUUCUGUUUAAAACUUAUUAAUUUUAUACAAAAA